AAUCCCUACAGACGGUGUGUCUCCAUGCAUCCCAAAACUCCAGCUCGUUGGUUCCCAGUUUGCCCCCGCCCCUCGUGGUACCACCGAACAAUGCCCAAUUUCACCCCCCCCAACCGGCUUUCAUAGACUAAACUGCUCUACCGGAGGCCUCUUUACUAUUCUUACCUGCUAGCUAGCCAGCGGGGACAACUCUAAAGAAAGUCCAAUCAGAAUUACAUACUAGCUAGUAUCAUAUCUCCAACGACAAGUGUCACUCACCACCAUGGCAAAAGCUAUUACAUGUACUAGUAACAAUAAUAACCAGCAGCAACCAGCCUCCUGCAAGACUCGUGAUGAGAUGCUGGCAAAGUUCCUGACCGAUGACAGUCUCAAUGAUAUCAUCCUCAAGGGAACAACAGAUGGUGAAGCAUCACUGCCGGUUGUAGAGCUUAGCUUUACAGGAAGCGUCCUCCAGGCAGUGGUGGAAUUUGUUCUUACCCAUGAUGCACAAAUUCUCAACUCCAAGAAACGGAAGACACCUGAUGGAGAAGAAGAAGAGGAACAUGUUUCCAUUCAACAGAUUGAAUCAUUGGUGUCAUUGACAGAAGCUGCCUCCUACUUCAAUCUUGCUGGCCUUGAAGAGCUUGUCAUGGAAUAUUGUACAACCAUUCUGAAGAAAUGGCCAUGCUUGUCCUUUGCUUUUUUGCAGGUAUGCCGAACGGCCGGGAAUUCAGUGCCAGAUGUGGUUUUGGACAAUGCAAAGCAAUGGGUCCGUGAAACCCCAGCUAAAUCAGUGUCUACCGAUCAUGUGGCUGCUUUGAGCAAGAUUGUCAUGGAGGAAAUUCUCAUGGAUGCAGAAAUGAAAAUGACAGAAUGUGAUCUCUUCCAGAUUCUGAGCCUCUGGGUACCAUAG